GGUGGAAGAACUAAAGUUCAGACAGUGGGUGAGUUUAAGAGGUCAGCCUUCAAAGGAGAGGAACUAACACUGGAUGAUGACAAAAUCUUCUGGAACACUGAAUCCAAACAGCCUCCUCGGUCAGUGUGCAGUGAGAGUUGUCCUCCAGGUACCCGCAUGGCCAGAAAGAAGGGGGAACCUGAGUGUUGUUUUGACUGCGUCCCUUGUUCUGAGGGAAAGAUCAGCAAUACAACUGACUCCAUGGAGUGCACCAGUUGUCCAGAAGAUUUCUGGUCCAGCCCCCAGCGUGACCACUGUGUUCCUAAGAAAACAGAGUUCCUCUCCUACCAUGAGCCUCUGGGUAUCUGCUUGACAACCAUCUCACUGUUGGGCACAUUUAUCUGUGUUGUUGUUCUGGGCAUCUUCAUCCAUCAUCAUAGCACACCUAUAGUUCGUGCCAACAAUUCAGAACUCAGUUUUCUUCUUUUGGUGUCACUCAAAUUGUGUUUCUUGUGUUCAUUGCUCUUCAUUGGACGACCCAGAUCAUGGACUUGCCAACUAAGACACGCAGCAUUUGGCAUUAGCUUUGUGCUUUGUGUCUCAUGUAUCCUGGUGAAAACCCUGGUGGUUCUGGCUGUGUUCAGGGCCUCCAAACCAGGUGGUGAGUCCAGUCUGAAGUGGUUUGGUGCUGCGCAGCAGAGAGGGACAGUUCUGGUUCUGACUUCUGUUCAAGCAGCAAUCUGCACUGUCUGGCUUGUCUCUGCUUCACCAGUGCCUUAUAAAAACACCCAGUAUCACAGUGACAAGAUAGUUUAUGAGUGUGUAGUUGGGUCCACAGUUGGUUUUGCAGUUUUACUUGGUUAUAUUGGUUUACUGGCCGUCCUCAGUUGUUUGUUAGCUUUUCUAGCAAGGAAUCUUCCAGACAGUUUCAAUGAGGCCAAACUCAUCACCUUCAGCAUGCUGAUCUUCUGUGCAGUGUGGGUGGCCUUUGUCCCUGCUUACAUCAGCUCACCAGGCAAAUAUGCAGAUGCAGUGGAGGUAUUUGCCAUCCUGGCCUCCAGUUUGGGCAUCUUGGUGGCACUGUUAGGACCCAAGUGUUACAUCAUCUUGUGUAGACCAGAGAGAAACACAAAGAAAGCCAUCAUGGGUCGAGGCACCAAGUCAUGAAAACUAUAUCCAAGAGUUUUCUCCCAAUUACCACUCCGGAAUUUUACUGAACCAUUAAUAAAAUGUUUUAUAAGUGA